AUGUCAUCCGAAAGUUCCACCCACCAGUUGGUGGGGUUUGUUACUAAGAUGUUUCCAACUUUUGGAUACAUAAACAAUGAAAUUUUCUUCCAGAGAAAAUGCGUCAUCGGCCCCAUGGUGGAGGUCGGCGAUCAUGUCGCAACCAGUGCGGUUUACCAACCAAAUAUGCCCAUCAAGUGGAGUGCUGAGAAAGUUUGGCGGGUCCAGGGAGAUACGCGCACGCGGACAAAAGAUAACGAGGAAAAGAAACACUGGCAUGAAAGGUCACCUAGGCGCAAAUCGCCGUCAGAUAAGAGGGAACACCUUGCCUCUCGGGACCGAGACGUGAGACCUUUUCGGGAAAGUGAAGCCGUUGUACGUCCUGAACGAAAACGAAGAGAGCCAUCAGUCGGCAAGAGGUCAACUUCUAGAAGCAGACCAGAUGAAAAGGUGGAACAGAAACGCCGCCGUGUGUCACCUACCACGUCUGUUUCCAAUCGAAGCACUCGAGGACCGGAGGAAGUUGUCCCAAAACGUCAUGGCGAUAAAUACCUGUUAAACACUAAGGAUCUCAUUGUUCCAGACAUUCACACUCGCUACUCCAGCCUACUCGCUCCGGUCGAUCUUUAUCGUGUGGUCUGCCACUGGCAAGAUUCGUUUCCUUUACUCCGACCGUUCCAGUGCAGCCGAUCGGUGGUUUUCCAGACUAUAACGCCUCCGGAUCUCCCCGAACCGUCCCCACCCUCCAGUAAGGACACCGGCUUCUAUGUUAACGUCCUGUUAUUAUCCAUGCCUUCAACAACUUCGUUGCACGACAAAACAAUAAUACGAGCCGAGAGCUUGGAUCGCGAGAAACCCCCUAUCCGGAAGUACAUUAAGAUAUUAGCGGUCGCUAAACCAAAACAGCGAUUCAAGGCAAUCGGUGGCCCAUGGAUUCCUGAGCUGGAUGGUGCAGAACCUGUCACCGAUCCUCGAACUCUGAUAAAUUCUGCAAUCAGAAUUUGCAAAGAUCAAGUUGGGCUCGACCUCUCCUUCUGUACGCGGUGGAAUCGGUUUCUGGAAUUCCGGUAUAGUCGAACGGAGGGUUCAACGGCCCGCCCUACCUCGGUGCUUUUUCCUGGAUCACAACUUUGGGGGCGCUCAUUCCCGGACGCACCGUCAACCAAAUCCAAUGGUCCAGUGAAACCCUACCAUCGCAUUGUCGUUUACUUCAUCCCUGACAUCUGGACAGUCAUGCCAACCGCGGAGAAUUGGAACAAUGUGAAGAAUGCUUUUGAAUGUGCGUUUUCUGGAUCAAAUUCUCGCUUCUUCCCUCUUUCACCUGCUGAAAUCGAUGGUUACCUGAAGAAAGGUGUCGCCUCUGCUGAAGAAACUCCCUCAGGAGCCACCGCAAAAAGCGAAACACCUUGUCAAAUAUCGUCGACUGCCACAACGGACACGGAAGUUGUUGCACAGAUGGAACAGCCAACUGGAUCCUCGGAACCUGAGAAAUGUGAUCAGUCGGUAACUGAAUCAGUUCAAAAUGCGUCCUCGACUUCUCUGCUGAUGGACUCGUCCCAACUGAACGAAGAAGUUAUGCAAUCACCUUCGGCAUCCAGUUCUGCGAAAGACAAGGAAUCAGCUGACCCUGAGAUCAACGAUGUAACCAAGAUAAUCAAGAAAUCUCAUGACGAACUCAACCUUUCCUCGAUGAAGGUUUCAGAGCUUCGUGAGCAGCUGAAAGCUCGUAACUUACCUGCUGAUGGUAUCAAGGCACAGUUGCUCAGUCGUCUUAAAACUGCUAUUGAAAAAGAAGCCGAACAAGCACGGAAACUUGAAGAAGAACGUAAGCAAAAAGAGAAAGCAGCCGAGGAGGCUGCUGCAAAAGCCGCCGAGGAAAAAAAGAAAGAGACUGCAAAAACCGAACCAGUCGCUACUGUCCCUUCCCCAGCUUCUGCUGUCAAGAUAUCGCUGAAGAAUUAUCCAUCUAUAGUUAUCCAACACAAGUUUCCGCGUGAUUACACUCUGCAAACAGUCAGUCUGGAUACUAUUUUGGAAUCCAAAGUGGAGGUCAUUGACGCUCGGUCCUACGAAAUGAUACUCUGCGUGCACAGCCUUUUGGAUAUGAUCCGCCGGGACGCGGUUUUUACUUUGUUUCGCGCUUUGGUUACUGCGGGUGAUCGUGGAGUUCAAGCUAAACCCCGUCCAAAGAGUGAAAUAAAACCCACUCGAACGGAGCCGAGAGACCGUCCGACCGAUGUCAAGGAUGCCGCAAAACCUCCGGCGUAUCAAACCAUAGAUGUUCCCUUACUUUCUGCAUGCACUUUCCUCGAUCCGAAUGCACGCGGAUACUUCUCUUCUGACGAAGUAGAGGAAAUGUUCACUUAUCUUGGGCUACCCAUUUCCCGGUAUCAGGUUCGGUCCCUUAUUUCUAAGGUGGCGGACGCUCACAGAAUUUACUACCGAACUUUAACCGAUUCUGAGGUUUCGCCACUUACUGUCAAGUCCACUUUGAUGUACUCGGAAAUCGAUGAUGAUGAAUAUUUACUGGAGCUUAUUCGUGGGGGAGAUGCUAUUCUCGAUGAACAAAAAGAUGCUGUAUCUCCUAUCGGAGGGUAUGUAUGGUUUGUGCUUCAUAUAUCGUUAAAUCAUGAUUACGUCAUCUCCCGGCCCGUCCGUUAUGUCGUUUUCCGUUUACGCUGCAGUAAUGAAGGUACCUCCAGGAAAUACUAUGAAUGUCUUCCUUUCUCACUGUUAUAUUUAUGA